AGUCUUGAAGAAAAGCAAGCGUAUUUAGUUUAGCAUGCUUCAUACAGACUUUCACACCUUUAAUUACUAAAAGUAAAACCCACGUUUCUGGAAUUUAGUCAGUUCUUUUAGAGAAAUAUUUGAUUUCGAGUUAGUCCAGUUUCGGUUUUUCUGGUCAUGUGAUUGCACAGCUUGCUUAUUUCGGCGUCCACCAUCAAAUAUUUCGUUUCUGAUGGUGUCUGUGUUGUGUUGGCGUUUUGACGGAGAGUUUGUCAUAGUUGGCAGUGGAAAUGCCUUGUUCAGCGCGUGUGUGGGACUGGGUCCCCGGUGGCGAUGAAAAGAAUUACAGCUAAGCGACCAGUCAUCCGCUGAAGCCAAACCUUUUUGUCGAAAGAAACUUUUUCGUUCCAUUUAACAACGUUUCGAUUGCCGUACGCCCGCGAGAAAACGACGACGAUCUCGAGUUGGACGACGCUCCCGAUGAAAGGACCAUGCCCGAGGUCACGGAAACCCCGGGGAGACAAGAGAAAGAUCAAGAUCCUCCAGGUGCUCCCAGGAAAAGCAAACAUCCGAGAGAGCCACAGCGUAAUCUGCGACCCAAAAAGCUAAGAUACGACACGGACAUCAACCAAGAGAGUCCGGCCAGCGCGUCGAAGAAAGAGCUGUACCGCCUGCUGGAAGCCCGCAUUAACAACAGCGAGGGCACGUGGGUGCAGUGCUGCAAACCCAAGUGCAACAAGUGGCGCUGCCUCCAGAACGUCGCUGACCCCAACGAAGUGCCCGACGAGUGGUACUGCUUCAUGAACAACGACCCCCAGUACAACAGCUGUGCGGCGGCAGAGCAGGACAUGUCCCAAGAAGAGUUCGUAGAUGUCAAGUUCUUCGUUGGCUCCAUCGUCUGGGCCAAGCUGGACUCAUACCCCUGGUGGCCUGCCAUGAUUGACGAUGACCCCGACAGUUGCCUCUACUUCUGCAAUGAAGACCCUUACGACGAGGAUCGUGUGACGCACUACCACGUUACCUUCCUGGACAAGAAUGUGACCCGUGCCUGGGUUCGAGAGGAUCGCUGCGUGCCACUGCGUCCGGAAGGCGUGCCAGGGAACAAGGUUCCCAAGAAAUACGAGAGAGCUUUCAACGAUGCUGUUGAGAGGGCAAAGCUCGCAGUCAAACUUCCCCUUCCAGAACGGAUAGCGGAGUACUGCUUCAUCAACAACUACCCUCCCUUACGAAGUGCAUCUCUGCGACAUACACAAACUAAAUCCAAGCAGCCCAGGAAGAUAUCAUCGAAAUGCAAGACCACCACUCAGCCAUUGACCAGUGACACGCAGCCAGCCAAGCGUCCCAGGGGCAGACCACCAAAGGUGCGGACCACUACUCAAGAGACGAUGCAGCAAACGCAGUCAGCAAGUGCAGCGACUACCAGCCAUAGAAGAGCAUCCAAGCCGGCAGUUAAGGGAGCCAAAGAAAGGACAGCAGCUUCUAAAAGUGACCCAAGGCCAAAAUACCAGUCAGCCACCAAAACCAUAAAAAAAAUGCAGAAGAGGAAAGACGUUGGGGCUCACCAGAAGACCGUGCAGUGCCAGGAGCAGACGAAGAGUGCAGCGGGUGCAGCCAUCUUCGUAACAGUGCUUCAAAAUUUGCCUUCAGCGCAACCUCAGAUCCAAGAUGAGGCAGCCAUUUCUGUCCCCGUUCCAAACGAAGCUUUAAAUCCAAAUCUCAUCCAGUGUUUAUCCGCGGUUCAAGCAAACCGUUCCCCAAACAAGGAUCAGCAACCAAGGAUGCAUCUGGAAGCUGAAAAACAAGGACCAGCAAGCCCGAUACAAGCCAGCCAGGUUAAAGUUCAAGUCGACACUUUGCCACUGCUUCAGAGGUUCCCUGCAGCAACUGAGGAAUAUGGUGCACUGGGACAACUGAAGCCGGCGACCGGAGCUUCUGCCACAAAGUUACCGAAUGGGACACCAGUCUUGUUCGAGACUCCGCUCUUCUUCCCGGGAGGGCAGACCCAAGAGAGCUUGGAAGGCAUCGAGGACAUCAAUCCCCUCAUUCAGUUUCUAGAUGACGACAUUGGCCAGGCGACAGCAUCAGUAAGACCAACUGUGACACCCGCGAGGGCACUUGACAAAGUGGCGGCCGAGGUGCCGGCAAAACCAGCAACAACACCGGCGAGCGGCACUUUCAAAGCAACAAUGGUUCUACCGCCGAAACCUGUUGCCACGACACCAGCGACGGCACUACCGCUAAAGGAAGCCGCGGUACUAGGAAAGCCGACUGCCAAAACGGGAAUCAUGCAAAAAACCGUCGCCGCCAAGCAGGCCACACAUAAAGCGCCCCAUCAAAAGAGACCGUUCAAGGUCCUGACAAAGGAAUCGGUGACAACGCCGCCCGAAGGCUUCGCAGCGCCGAAAGAGAUGGCAAUCACAAGGACAAACUCCAACAAAGAUCAGCUGACCUCCAGCGGAUCGUGGAUGACACGUUCGGAAGACAGCAACUUUGACGCCUUGGCUGACCCAAGCAUAACGUUUGAAAGCCUGUCGAGGGCACUUGACAAAGUGGCGGCCGAGGUGCCGGCAAAACCAGCCACGACACCGGCGAGAGGCACUUUCAAAGCGACAAUGGUUCUACCGCCGAAACCUGUUGCCACGACACCAGCGACAGCACUACCGCUAAAGGAAGCCGCGGCACUAGGAAAGCCGACUGCUAAAACGGGAAUCAUGCAAAAAACCGUCGCCGCCAAGCAGGCCACACAUAAAACGCCCCAUCAAAAGAGACUGUUCAAGGUCCUGACAAAGGAAUCGGUGACAACGCCGCCCGAAGGCUUCGCAGCGCCGAAAGAGAUGCCAAUCGCAAGGACAAAUUCCAACAAAGAUCAGCUGACCUCCAGCGGAUCGUGGACGACACGUUCGGAAGACAGCGACUUUGACGCCUUGGCCGACCCAAGCAUAACGUUUGAAAGCCUGUCGAGGGUACUUGACAAAGUGGCGGCCGAGGUGCCGGCAAAACCAGCCACGACACCGGCGAGAGGCACUUUUAAAGCGACAAUGGUUCUACCGCCGAAACCUGUUGCCACGACACCAGCGACGGCACUACCGCUAAAGGAAGCUGCGGCACUAGGAAAGCCGGCUGCCAAAACAGGAAACAUGCAAAAAACCGUUGCCGCCAAGCAGGCCACACAUAAAGCGCCCCAUCAAAAGAGACUGUUCAAGGUCCCAACAAAGGAAUCGGUGACAACGCCGCCCGAAGGCUUCGCAGUGCUGAAAGAGAUGCCAAUCGCAAGGACAAACUCCAACAAAGAUCAGCUAAACUCCAGCGGAUCAUGGACGACACAGUCGGAAGACAGCGACUUUGACGCCUUGGCCGACCUAAGCAUAACGUUUGAAAGCCUGUCGAGUGCCUCCCAGAAUAGGGAAAAGGAUGUCGACAGCGAUUUCAACUACCUCGCAACGGUGGACUGUUCGCAGUUCUUCAGCAAGGAAGAAUAACUCGUUGAAUCCCACGUCCGAGCUUUCGUUCCGAGCAUCUGGUGCUGGGAAGGCCUCCCAAACACAUGGCUGCAAUGCCACCGUCGGUGCACCUUCACUUUUAGUAUGUAAAAGCUCCACAACUGUUGUGACGCGGAUCUGUUGAACCAAGAAUGUUCGUUUGACGCUUGCACUUUCAGCAGCAACUUUUUAUUGCAACACUCACCCACCCAAAAA